AAUAUAAAAAAUUAGACUCUAAAUCCGAUCAAUUUAAUUCCAUUUCUAAAGGAAUAAUAGACUAUGCCGCAUUAUACCGUAUUAUCAAUAUGAAAUUUCAGAAUCAUAUUCCCAUUUCUAGAAGAACAAUGAACAAUAUUUCUUUCAAUUCUAAAUUUAAUCAAUCAUAUAAAAUAAUAAAUUAUAGAAAAACAUUAUUCUAUUUUCAAUCAAAUAACGAUAAUUUAUUUCAAUGUGAAGUUUAUAAAAUAAUAGAAAGAGUUUCGCUUUCUAUUCAUCACUAUUAUCAAUUUUACAAACAUUCUUUGCCAAUUCCAAAUGAGAAACAUAUAGGUUUGCAUUACGGUGAUUACACUUCUAUGGAUAUCGAAAGUUUAUAUUCCCAAGUUAAAUUACGAUAUUGUUCAAAACAAGCCCUAAUGAUCAAUUAUAAUGAUCCUGCUUCUGAAGCUAUUAACGAAUCAGAAUCAGUUGCCAAGUUGAUAAAUAAUUGUGUCGAAAUAACAGUUUCUGAAACUAUUAUAAAGGCGCAACCCGGAAACUUAGAUGAUGCGGAUGAACAAAUAAUCGAAAUCGAGCAAGGAAUAAAUAUUGCGAAAGAUAUAAUAAAAGUAGAUUGUUAUAAUUUUGGAAUUAGAAUUGAAAAUAUGCACAAUGAAAUCAACAAAUUAUUGGAAAAAAUCAAUACUGAAAUUAAAAUAUUAAAUAUUAAUUUAUGGGGACCGACGGCCUAUGAAGAUGGCAUAAAGCAAGUUAAUUACUCUCGCAAAAAUAAAAUAAAACCUCCAGGGCACCUUCGAUCAUUUCUUACAACUCCGAUCCCUAUUCAAAAAAUACUUUGA